AUGUUUCCAUCUCCUGAUCCCACUCAAAGCACAGUUCCGACCUUGCAAUCAUCUGGGUGGGAGUUCAGCCCAAUGUUUUACAAAGGACUGCAACAGUCCACUAACUCCAAACCACUCCCUGACCCCCCGAAAGGGAGUAAUGAUUUUAACACUGUGGUCAAAGCCAAUCAUGACACUGUGAUGAAGGAUCUGGAGGAGAAAGAGGAUGAGGAGGAGGAGGAGGAGGAUGAGGAUGAGGAAGAGGACAAGGAGGACAAGGAGGAGGACGAGGAAGAUGAGGGUGAGGACGAGGAUCAUGAGGGAGAUGAGGAUGAUGUCAGGGGUAACCCUGCGGCAUUGUCCUCACCUCUCACUUUGCUAGGUGACACACCUCCACCACCCACCAAAUGUCCUCGCCCUCCUGGGUCCUUACCAACAUCUACAUCUUCCAUGCCAACCAAACGUGGCAGAACUGCUGCUGACCCAAUCCCAAUUGUUUCUGUGCCCACCUGA